GUAUGACCAUCAUGCUUCUGCCGCGCAAGAGGCUUUGUCAGUGGGUCAGCUAUAUUGUCAAGUGUAGGUACUUUACAUAUUUUCGCACAACGCCUAAGUAUGUGUUUGGAUCGUUGGUGAGAUCUAGGCUCCUUAGCUUGUGCGAUAACACCAUUGUUAUCAUAAUAGAGACCCCUGUAAUGUUAGCGAGUUUAGGGUUACCCCCUGGUAAAGUUAUUUUUUCAAUACCCCCCUUAUGUUAUGUAGAUUCCUUCAUAGAACCCCCUAAUAUCCAGGUGGCAUGGAAUCUUGGUUUUUUAUUUCAGACGUGGCUUUUUAAUUUUUUUAUUUUCACAUGUGAAUCUUCAUUAGGUCUCCAGCAUGGCAUAAACUAGAAAUUAGGGUUCCAAAUCCAUCCCUCUCUCUCUUCGUGAAAUCCAUCCCUAUCCCAAAUCCAUCCCUCUCUCUCUUCGUGAAAUCCAUCCCUACCCCAAAUCCAUCCCUCUCUUCAUCUUCGUCCGUGUCCCCUUCAUCUGGGUUAUGGGUGGCAGCAAGGCAUCUUCCACGAGUGAAGUUGGAAACGGCUUACCAAGAUGUGGAUGCAAUGAAACCAUGAAGUUGUUGGUCUCCAAGUCAAUUGAAAACCCCGGUCGCAAAUUUUGGAAAUGCAGGAAUUAUAUGAAUGGGUGCGGUUUAUUUUUGUGGGAUGAUUUGGUCAGUGAGUUUGCAGUGAAAGAAACCAAUCCGUCCGGAUGCCGCCAAUGUGAAGUCAACAAGGCUUAUUUGAUUGAAUUUGCUAAAGAGAUUGUUGAGGAGAUAGAUUGCAGAGUCGGAAAGCUUAACAAGUUAGAAAAACUGAAGAAAAAGAUUGCAAUGGAAAAGAGGAAAAAUUUAUGGUUAAUGUUUGUAAUUGGUCUGUCAUGGAUGUUGAUAGCAGCUAUGGUUAAGUUAGUCUAA